GUCUUCGUGCUUCAUCGGGCUCCAUCGUACGUCUCCGUAGCUAGUUGUUGCUCGUCUGGUCUGAGGCUCGAACAAUGAUUGAAUAUAAUGGCGACGCGUUUAUUCUGAUUUGUUCCCAUGGAGCGAUCUCAGACUGACGAAAAGAACCCACUGUAUAAUUUGCUUUGCACUUUUGAAAACCGCGUUAGGGACAGUUGGCGAAAAGAUGCACAGCUUCGCUUUCAGCUAAAAGGAGCCUGGAUAAAUUUACAUUGCUAGCGAUGCUAUUGCUAGCAAUUGUGCUAGCUUGCUAAGUUAAAAAGGUGGCACUUUUGUGUGAACUGGAGAAGGGAAGCAGUCAACCUGUUGUAAACCGAGAAUUAUGCAGUUCUUAAUGCGUCUACUUGAAGUCUCUAAGUAUAAUUAGAUCCUCAUUAGCAGCGGGUAUGCCCAGUAGUGAGCUCGGACUUGCAGUUGUCGUUAGCUUGUAGUUUUGGGAAGAGGCUCCAACACCCUCCUUGGGAAUAAGCAGUCUGUCUUUGUGGAUUGUUCCAAUUUCUUUCCUGUUAAGACUUGCCUUUACUUGAUUGGAAAACUGUCUUCCACCGAAACGACAGCUUGCUAGCAAACUCUGCUAGGUCGCUAACUUAUUUUCAUUUUUGGUGGUUUUGCGGGAUCUGUUUUAAAUGACCACCGGGAGGAACAAUCGAGCGAUGAUGGAAGGAGUUGGAGCCAGAGUGGUCCGAGGACCUGACUGGAAGUGGGGAAAGCAGGAUGGUGGAGAGGGGCACGUCGGAACCGUCAGGAGUUUUGAAAGUCCAGAAGAGGUGGUGGUUGUUUGGGAUAACGGGACUGCUGCCAACUACCGCUGUUCCGGAGCUUACGACAUAAGGAUACUAGACAGCGCUCCAACAGGUAUCAAACAUGAUGGAACCAUGUGUGACACCUGUCGUCAGCAGCCGAUCAUCGGUAUUCGCUGGAAAUGUGCAGAGUGCACCAAUUAUGACCUCUGCACAACCUGUUACCAUGGAGACAAGCAUCACUUGAGACAUCGGUUCUACAGGAUCACCACCCCAGGCAGUGAACGAGUGCUUUUGGAGUCCCGUCGCAAGUCAAAGAAAAUCACAGCCAGAGGGAUCUUCGCUGGUGGCCGGGUUGUGAGAGGAGUAGACUGGCAGUGGGAGGACCAAGAUGGAGGCAAUGGAAGGAGAGGAAAGGUGACAGAGAUCCAGGACUGGAGUGCAGCCAGCCCUCACAGCGCUGCCUACGUACUGUGGGACAACGGGGCCAAGAACCUGUACCGAGUCGGCUUCGAGGGAAUGUCGGACCUGAAAUGUGUCCAGGACGCCAAAGGAGGCUCGUUUUACAGAGACCACUGUCCUGUUUUAGGGGAGCAGAACGGCAACAGAAACCCUGGUGGCCUUCAGAUUGGAGACCUGGUCAACAUUGACUUGGACCUUGAGAUCGUCCAGUCCCUCCAGCACGGCCACGGGGGGUGGACCGACGGCAUGUUCGAGACCCUCACCACCACCGGCACGGUGUGUGGCAUCGAUGAGGACCACGACAUCGUGGUCCAGUACCCCAGUGGGAACAGAUGGACGUUCAACCCAGCUGUGCUUACCAAGGCUAAUGUGGUACGUAGUGGUGAGGUUGCAGCCGGUGCUGAAGGGGGAAAUUCCCAGUUCCACGUGGGAGAUCUGGUCCAGAUCUGUUACGACAUUGACCGCAUCAAGCUGCUACAGCGAGGCCACGGAGAGUGGGCUGAGGCGAUGCUCCCGACCCUGGGCAAGGUGGGCCGCGUGCAGCAGAUCUACUCCGACAGUGACCUGAAGGUGGAGGUUUGUGGGACUUCGUGGACGUAUAAUCCCGCCGCCGUCACCAAGAUUGCCCCCUCUGGCUCCGCUGUCAGCAAUGCCUCUGGAGAGCGUUUGUCUCAGUUGUUAAAGAAGCUUUUUGAGACACAAGAGUCUGGGGACAUCAACGAGGAGCUGGUCAAGGCAGCAGCCAACGGAGACCUUGCCAAAGUGGAAGACAUACUUAAGAGACCAGAUGUAGAUGUGAACGGACAGUGUGCUGGACACACUGCUAUGCAGGCAGCCAGUCAGAACGGUCACGUGGAUGUCCUAAAGCUGCUGCUUAAGCACAAUGUGGACCUUGAGGCUGAGGACAAAGAUGGAGACCGGGCGGUGCACCAUGCAGCGUUUGGCGAUGAGGGCUCUGUCAUUGAGGUGCUGCAUCGAGGCGGUGCCGACUUGAACGCCAGAAACAAGCGACGGCAGACGCCAUUGCACAUAGCAGUCAACAAGGGCCACCUACAGGUGGUUAAGACCUUGCUGGACUUUGGCUGCCACCCAAGCCUUCAGGAUUCCGAGGGAGACACGCCGCUGCACGAUGCCAUCAGCAAGAAGAGAGAUGACAUGCUGUCUGUGCUGCUGGAGGCCGGCGCCGACGUCACCAUCACCAACAACAACGGGUUCAAUGCCUUGCAUCACGCCGCGCUGCGAGGAAACCCCAGUGCCAUGCGCGUGCUGCUGUCCAAACUGCCGAGGCCUUGGAUUGUGGAUGAGAAGAAGGACGACGGUUACACGGCGCUUCACCUGGCUGCCCUUAACAACCACGUGGAGGUGGCUGAGCUUCUGGUGCAUCAGGGCAACGCCAGCUUGGACAUCCAGAAUGUCAACCAGCAGACAGCGUUGCACCUUGCAGUGGAGCGCCAGCACACCCAGAUAGUUCGGCUCCUGGUGCGGGCAGAGGCCAAGCUGGACGUGCAAGACAAGGACGGGGACACGCCGCUUCACGAGGCUCUGCGCCACCACACGCUGUCUCAGUUGCGGCAACUCCAGGACAUGCAGGAUGUCAGCAAAGUGGAGCCUUGGGAACCGUCCAAAAACACGUUAAUCAUGGGUCUGGGCACCCAGGGGGCGGAGAAGAAGAGUGCAGCAUCCAUCGCCUGCUUCCUGGCAGCAAAUGGAGCCGACUUGACCAUUCGCAACAAAAAGGGCCAGUCCCCUCUGGACCUGUGUCCUGACCCUAGCCUCUGUAAGGCUUUGGCUAAAUGUCACAAAGAGAAGAGCAGUGGCCAGGUGGGAACCCGCAGUCCAUCCCUGAACAGCAACAUCGAGUCUCUGGAGGAGUGCAUGGUGUGCUCCGACAUGAAGAGGGACACGCUGUUCGGGCCGUGCGGACACAUCGCCACCUGCUCGCUGUGCUCGCCGCGUGUCAAGAAGUGCCUCAUCUGUAAGGAGCAGGUCCAGUCCAGAACUAAGAUUGAGGAGUGUGUCGUCUGCUCUGAUAAAAAAGCAGCCGUGUUGUUUCAGCCCUGUGGCCACAUGUGCGCUUGUGAGAAUUGUGCCAUCCUCAUGAAGAAGUGCGUACAGUGUCGGGCUGUGGUGGAACGCCGCACCCCUUACGUUCUAUGCUGUGGAGGGAAAGGUAUGGAGGAUGAUGCCGCUGAUGAUGAUGAUGAUGAUGAUGAUGAUGAUGACCUUACAGGGAGUUCUAACACUAUUGCAGGGGGAUCGCAGGAUCUUCUCCAGCCCAACAAUCUGGCAAUAAGUUGGUCCAGUGGAAACAUCCCGGGCCUGCAGAGAGACAAGGACAACACUAACGUCAACGCGGAUGUCCAGAAGCUUCAGCAGCAGCUACAAGACAUCAAGGAACAAACCAUGUGUCCGGUGUGUCUGGAUCGGCUGAAGAACAUGAUCUUCAUGUGCGGCCAUGGCACCUGCCAGCUCUGCGGGGACCGGAUGAGCGAGUGCCCCAUCUGUCGCAAGGCCAUCGAGCGCCGCAUCCUCCUUUACUAGACCCCUCCCCUUUCCAGGGCCCACACUGACGACUCCUGCAACACCACUCCAGCUGCUGCCCCGCCAUCCUCACAGUUCCUGGAGCCACAUCUUACACGUCAUCUUUUUUAUGCUCAGAUGGAACGUCUGUUACAAAGUGUGGAAGAAAAAAAAACAAGAACUGCUCUUAAUCUGGUUCAGUGUUUCGCCUUCAGUCCUUCGGCGUUUUGUUUUACUCUGGGUUUCGUAUUUUAUCUCUUCAGAUGAAUUUGUGGGAUAAAACAUGGAUUUAGCCACUGACUGACUCAUGAAUUCAGUUCCCGUGUUUUUAAUUUAAAGGUGUCAUGCAUGUGUUCUGUUUAGCGACAGCGCUGGUCAAGAUAUAUUUCAUUAUGACAAUGUUAUGCAAGCGUGUCAGUAACGGAAGCUCUAAACACAUACUCAGUGUCAGUAUGGAAAGUUCAGGAGACGGUGCUCUGGUGUGUGUGUGUGUGUGUGUGUGUGUUCAGUUUAGGGUGAUCCAACACUGUAUCCUGACUGUCUUUGCAGCAGAAGACCAAAAGUUGGCAGUUUUGCACUAGGAAUGCUAAAAGCACGGAGGAGGUCCACUUCAGUUCAGCGGCAGAACCCUGCAGGUAGCACACUAAACCCCCAUGCUCUUUUUUUUUUUUUUACCAAUCCGAGCUGCGUGUCGAGAUUAUAAGCUGUUGUAUAAGAUGCAAACUUCUCUAUAGCCAGCUCGACACACCUUAAUGAUAAAUGUUUGGAUGAAAGCUGCAAAAUGAGUCGGUGCCAUUUGCUUCCCCAAAAAAACUUCUUGUUAAAUACAUAAUGGUGCUCCAUAUCUUGUAUUAAUUUUUUAUUUAAGCUCAUUUCCUUUUUCCUGAAACGUUGUGUGGAGCUAGAGAGUACAAUCUAUUAGAAGAUGAAAAUGUAGAGUAAAUUAUUUUGUAUUUCUGCCCUAAAGAUAAGAUUUAUAGUCAUCACUGCCUUCCUACUAUGUAGCCCCAAAAUGAGUCAAACAUUCUGCUUAGUUAAUUACUGUUGAAUUAAUGAUGUGAUGUUCUUUUGUUGGCUUUGUAGAAAUCCGUAGAAGACUUUUUCUCUUUAGAGUAGGUGUACGUAUCGUUACUUUUCACCUGUGUUUUAUUUUUGGAGGAAAAGAAACAAAACAGUUUUAAAGAUGAUUUGUGGAGAAUCCACUGUCCAAUUUGCAAACAUAAACAAGCUUUUAUUUUAUUUUUACGGAAUUAACGCAACUUUUGAGUACAGUUUUGAAUCUUUUCCUCCAUAAGCUGAUAAAAACACAAACACUAGUACUUAUCAUGGCAGUGUUGGUUGUUUAGUAACAAAAACACUUAUUUUAACUUUAUUUUCAAUACUCGUAACAGUCUUGUAAAAGAUUUAUCGGUAGUGUUUACUUUAGCAUGAAUGUUUGACAAAUGCAGUACGACUUGUAUCCAUAAAAAAGGGGAGAGAAAAAAAACUGUAUGCAAUCAAGUACUCUCAAUAGCAACCAUCCAGCAGAAAUAAAGCUCUAAAAUGAA